UCUUGGGCACGGCCUUGCCGGUUUGGCGGGGUGAAAGGUUGCGAAGAUGGCGACGGCCUUGAGCGAGGAGGAGCUGGACAAUGAAGACUAUUACUCGUUGCUGAACGUGCGCAGGGAGGCCUCCUCGGAAGAGCUGAAAGCUGCCUACCGGCGGCUGUGCAUGCUUUACCAUCCCGACAAGCACCGGGACCCGGAGCUCAAGUCCCAGGCGGAGCGGCUGUUUAACCUUGUGCACCAGGCUUAUGAAGUGCUCAGCGACCCCCAGACCAGGGCCAUCUAUGACAUCUAUGGGAAGAGAGGCCUGGAGAUGGAAGGAUGGGAGGUUGUGGAGAGGAGGAGAACGCCAGCUGAAAUCAGGGAAGAGUUUGAGCGGCUGCAGAGAGAGAGGGAGGACAGGAGGCUGCAGCAGCGCACCAACCCCAAGGGGACCAUCAGUGUUGGCAUCGAUGCCACUGACCUUUUUGAUCGCUACGAGGAAGAGUACGAAGAUGUGUCCGGAAGUGGCUUUCCGCAGAUUGAAAUUAACAAGAUGCACAUAUCCCAGUCCAUUGAGGCACCCUUGACAGCUACAGACACAGCCAUCCUCUCCGGAAGCCUCUCAACCCAGAAUGGAAAUGGAGGGGGUUCCAUUAACUUCGCACUUAGACGAGUCACUUCCGCAAAGGGAUGGGGAGAGUUAGAAUUUGGAGCAGGGGAUCUGCAGGGACCUUUAUUUGGUCUGAAGCUGUUCCGUAAUCUCACACCAAGAUGCUUUGUGACGACAAACUGUGCUCUGCAGUUCUCCUCCCGUGGGAUCCGGCCUGGCCUUACCACCGUCCUGGCCCGGAACCUGGACAAGAACACUGUGGGCUACCUGCAGUGGCGGUGGGGUAUCCAGUCGGCCAUGAACACUAGCAUCGUCCGGGACACCAAAACCAGCCACUUCACAGUGGCCCUGCAGCUGGGAAUUCCUCACUCCUUUGCACUGAUCAGCUAUCAGCACAAAUUCCAGGAUGAUGAUCAGACUCGCGUGAAAGGAUCCCUGAAGGCCGGCUUCUUCGGGACGGUGGUGGAGUACGGAGCGGAGAGGAAAAUCUCCAGGCACAGCGUCCUGGGCGCGGCUGUCAGCGUGGGAGUCCCUCAGGGCGUGUCUCUCAAAGUCAAGUUAAACAGGGCCAGUCAGACUUACUUCUUCCCUAUUCAUUUGACGGACCAGCUCCUUCCCAGCGCCGUGUUCUAUGCCACCGUGGGGCCACUCGUAGUCUACUUCGCUCUUCACCGCCUGGUCAUCAAGCCGUACCUCAGGGCUCAAAAAGAGAAGGAGUUGGAAAAGCAAAGGGAAAGCACAGCCACUGACAUUCUCCAGAAGAAACAAGAGGCGGAAGCUGCCGUCCGGUUGAUGCAAGAAUCUGUCCGAAGAAUAAUUGAGGCGGAGGAGUCCAGAAUGGGGCUCAUCAUCGUCAACGCCUGGUACGGCAAAUUCGUCAACGACAAGAGCAAGAAGAGUGAGAAGGUGAAGGUGAUCGACGUGACUGUGCCCCUCCAGUGCCUGGUGAAGGACUCGAAGCUCAUCCUCACGGAGGCCUCCAAGGCCGGGCUGCCCGGGUUCUAUGACCCGUGUGUAGGUGAGGAGAAGAACCUCAAAGUGCUUUACCAAUUCCGCGGCGUCCUGCACCAGGUCAUGGCGCCAGACAGCGAGGCGCUUAGGAUACCAAAGCAGUCUCACAGGAUUGAUACAGACGGAUAAACUGCUUGAGAAACCAGAUUUCCAAGAGGCUGCAAAAAAUCUUUUCCCGGGAGUCUACAAAUUCGGAAGCAGGGAAAAAACCCAGACAUCAGAUGUGUUUAUUUUAUAUUACUCCUAUAGAAGGUGGUACCGUAUCAAUUAUGUGGAGGGACACACAGACACCCCGCUUUCAUGGGUGCUGUAGGUAGGACUCGGGCAGCCCCACCUGGACCAGAGCCGCAGCGUGGCCUGUGGCUGUUUUCCCAAGGAUCAUGUCCCCGGAGGGAAGGGCCCUCGGCCCCCACCCCAGCCCAUCCCCAGGUUCCUGAGCCCGAGGGCUGACUGCAGCCACCCAGUAGCUCUCAGUCUGUCUUGAGGUAUUUAUGAAAUGUCCUGCCUCACACAUAGGACUGUGAACUACUUUUCCUAACAUCCACAGAGCAUGGAAAACAAAAUGGAAAAGAAGGAAGGUGUUCUCAUGAGUCUCACGAGCAGAGGCCUCCAGAACAAGUGAGCGUCUGUCCGGUCAACUUCCCCAAAACCACUUUUUCCUGCUGAAAUAUCAUUCAGUGAAUCUGGAGAGGAAUGUGUGGGUUUAUAAAUCUGCUUUUUAUCUCAGAACGAA